UGUGAUACUAAAAAAACAUGGCUUUUUCUUUUGACCUAGCCGUCACCUUAUACCGGGAGACAAGAAGAAUGAAGAGGAGAUCGAAAGUAAUAAGAAGAAGACAGAGAGACAUAUGCAAGAGCCAUGAACCCCCGCAGGAGAUUCCUUUCGAUCUCGUGAUAGAGAUUCUCACAAGACUCCCUCCUAAAUCCCUUAUGAGGUUCAAAUCCGUCUCUAACAUCUGGUCAUCUUUCAUUUGUUCCAAAUAUUUCACCAACCAUUACCUAAAAGCUUCAUCACCGUCGCCUCGUCUAUACAUGUGGUUGUGCUUCGACAACAAAAAGGAAUUAUUACUAUCAUCAUCUUCUUCUGACUUGGAUGUUAGUACUAUGUCAUCCUUUGUAGUUGAUCAAGAUUUGACUAUCCCAGCAAUGGAAGACUACUUGGUCUCUCACAUUUUUCAAGGUUUGAUGUGCUUUACAAAUAGGCAAAGUGCUAAAAUAUAUAACACUUCCACUAGACAACUGGUCGUCUUACCGGACAUAGAAGAAUCCAACAUCAUAGCUGAAGAUAUGACCUUCAAAAACUUCAUGUACCGUAUCGGACACGACGCUGUUCAUAACCAAUAUAAAGUGGUUUGCAUAGUUUCAGCGAGCAAAAAUGGACGUAUAUUAAAGUCUCUGCUAGAGCAUUGGGUCUUCAUACUAGGAGGUGUAUCAAAUAGAUGGAGAAAGAUUUCAAGCCCAUGUCCACCACAUGAUUCUCCUUUAAAACAAAGAUCAACUAUCAAUGGGCGUAUGUAUUAUCUAGCUUGUGAAUCUUUGAAUUAUCUGCUUGUGAGUUUCGAUAUUAGUUCUGAAGAAACCCGUUUGCUCCAAAAACCCGAAGAUUUCUUUUGGCAUAGGUAUUAUAUUAAUCUUAUAGAAUACGCUGGAAAGAUAGCUAUUUUUGUCCAUGCUGAUCUUGUAAAAGAUGGUGUGAUGGAACUAUGGGUUAUGGAAGAUGAAGAGAAGAAUAUAUGGUCAAGGAAGAAACUGGUGUUGCAUCCUUCUCAAAUGGAUAUGGUCAAAAACAAUGCAGACAGUCCCUAUUUGAAGUUUCGUGGUACAACUAGAAACGGUGACGUUAUCUUGGUACCUAACAAUAAAAUUCUUAGGGUUAUCCACGGCCCGAUUCACGUUUUACCUCAAGGUACAACUCUCUUCUACGUUUUACUUUACAAUAUACAAAAGAAUCAUUUGAGAAGAGUUGAAAUCGAAGACGGAUCAAACUGCUUUCUAAACAAAAGAUGGGACAUUAUUGGAUUGGACGACACUGAGAACUUGAUGUGUCUCUAACUGCUUUUGUGAGUGUUUUAUUUUAGUUUUGGAAUGUUUCUCUAAUCAAUUUUUUUUUGGAGUUUUUGUUCAACUAUAAUUUUGUAACGA